AAGGACGGCGGGUCAGCUGACAGCUAUCAGAGGACCAGGCGGAAGGAGCGGAAUUAGCGGGUGUGUGAGCUGGGAACCUAACGUACCGGAUCCUGGCAGAGCCUAUAUCCAAGGCAGACGGGGCGCGAAAGACUGGUGGCGUUCGUGAGAGAACUAGGGCGGGGUUUCGUUUCACCAUGGCCAGUUGGGACUGAGAAGCAGCCACAAUGAUUGGAGGACUGUUCAUCUACAACCACAAGGGGGAGGUUCUCAUCUCCCGGGUCUACCGAGAUGACAUUGGGCGUAAUGCGGUGGACGCGUUCCGUGUGAACGUGAUUCACGCCCGCCAACAAGUUCGAUCCCCGGUGACCAACAUUGCCCGCACCAGCUUUUUCCAUGUCAAGCGCUCCAACAUCUGGUUGGCGGCCGUCACCAAGCAGAAUGUCAACGCCGCCAUGGUGUUCGAAUUCCUCUACAAGAUGUGUGACGUCAUGACGGCGUACUUUGGCAAGAUCAGCGAGGAGAACAUCAAGAAUAACUUUGUGCUCAUCUACGAGCUGCUGGAUGAGAUCCUGGACUUUGGCUACCCCCAGAACUCAGAGACCGGAGCUCUGAAGACCUUCAUCACCCAGCAGGGCAUUAAGGGACAGGUCAGUAAGUUUAGUCUUAAAUGUAGGGUUUGGUUUUUGCUGUGUUGAGAGAACCAUGAUAUAUAG